AUGCCAUGGUGGAGCAGCACAUCAACGCCCACCUCUGGAAGUAAGAUUAUUUUUGAUGUGUGCCCUGUGGUAACUUCCUACGACAGGGUUCCCCAACUGGCGGCUCGCAUCCCGAAUUUGGCACGCAGGUAUUUUUAUUUGGCCCCCCAAGUAAAAAUCCAUAAAAAUAAUAAUAAUAAUCCUCAUUUUGGGGGGGGCUUGAAUUUUUGUUGUUGAAAAUAAACAGUAAAAACACCAGGAAAUCAGCUCCAAGUGAUUUUAAUUUGGGAAAUCUGUUCCCAAGUAUUUCCAUGCAUAAUAGAGAGACGUGAUCAUAUACAAAUGUUAGCAAGGUUUGAAAUUAUGUUUUAGUCAAAUAUUAUAUCUGUUUGGGAUUAUUGUGGUCAAUUUGCAGUCUACAAAUGAUUUGUAAUUAUGUUCCGGCCCCCCGACCAUCCGCGCACGGCUGAAUCUACAAUGAAUUCGGAAAGUAUUCAGACCCCUUGACUUUUUCCAGAUUUUGUUAAAUAAAAUAAAAAACAGAAAUACCUUAUUUACAUAAGUAUUGAGACCCUUUGCUAUGAGACUCGAAAUUGAGCUCAGGUGCAUCCUGUUUCCAUUGAUCAUCCUUGAUGUUUCUACAACUUGAUUGGACAUGAUUUGGAAACGCACAUAUCUGUCUAUAUAAGGUCCCACAGUUGACAGUGCAUGUCAGAGCAAAAACCAAGCCAUGAGGUCGAAGGAAUUGUCCGUAGAGCUCCGAGACAGGAUUGUGUCGAGGCACAGAUCUGGGGAAGGGUAUCAAAAAUGUUCUGCUGCAUUGAAGGUCCCCAAGAACACAGUGGCCUCCAUCAUUCUUAAAUGGAAGAAGUUUGGAACCACCAAGACUCUUCCUUGAGCUGGCCGCCCCGGCCAAACUGAGCAAUCAGGGGAGAAGGGCCUUGGUGAGGGAGGUGACCAAGAACCCGAUGGUCACUCUGACAGAGCUCCAGUGUUCCUCUGUGGAGAUGGGAGAACCUUCCAGAAGGACAACCAUCUCUGCAGCACUCCACCAAUCAGGCCUUUAUGGUAGAGUGGCCAGACGGAAGCCACUCCUCAGUAAAAGGCACAAAAGAGUUUGCCAAAAGGCACCUACAGAAACAAGAUUCUCUGGUCUGAUGAAACCAAGACUGAACUUUUUGGCCUGAAUGCCAAGCGUUACGUCUGGAGGAAACCUGGCACCAUCCCUACGGUGAAGCGUGGUGGAAGCAUCAUGCUGUGGGGAUGUUUUUCAGCGGAAGGGACUGGGAGACUAGUCAGGAUCGAGGCAAAGAUUAACUGAGCAAAGUACAGAGAGAUCCUUGAUGAAAACCUGCUUUAGAGCGCUCAGGACCUCAGGCUGGGGCGAAGGUUCACCUUCCAACAGGACAGCGACCCUAAGCACACAGCCAAGACAACGCAGGAGUGGCUUCGGGACAAGUCUCUGAAUGUCCUUGAGUGGCCCAGUCAGAGCCCGGACUUGAACCCAAUCGAACAUCUCUGGAGAGACCUGAAUAUAGCUGUGCAUCGACGCUCCCCAUCCAACCUGAUAGAGCUUGAGAGGAUCUGCAGAGAAGAAUGGGAGAAACUGCCCAAAUACAGGUGUGCCAAGCUUGCAGCGUCAUACCCAAGCAGCUGUUAUCGCUGCUAAAGGUGCUUCAACAAACUACUGAGUAGAGGGUCUGAAUACUUAUGUAAAUGUGAUAUUUCCGUUUUUUAUUGUAAAUACAUUUGCAAACAUUUCUACAAACCUGUUUUUGCUUUGUCAUUAUGGGGUAUUGUGUGUAGAUUGAUGAGGAAAAAUAACAAUUUCAUCCAUUUUAGAAUAAGGCUGUAAUGUAACAAUGUGGAAAAAGUCAAGGGGUCUGAAUACUUUCCGAAUGCACUGUAGUUGAUGAUCCCUGGUCUGCUGGUACAGCAGUUUGUUAUAAGAGCGACGUAGUGCUGUUCGAGCACCAUCUUCCUUAUUGUUUCCUCUCUGGACAAAGUAUUACAUUGUAGUUUUCUGUCUAUGUAAUACAAGUAUAUUAUCUCUGCAGGAAAAUACCUCAAGUGUCAGACCUCCAGUCCCAGAGUCCCUCUGCGAAGAAUAUCCCCUUUUCCUCCUCCUCUUCCUCCCUGCAUUCUAAAGUCAGGACAGGAAGCCACAGCACCCCCUCCCUCAGGCCUUCCUCCUCCUCUUCUUCCUCCCACGGACCAAGGAGGGAGACACGCCUACAAAUCUCCUCCCACUCCACAGCCAUUAACCAAUCAGAGGACUCCAGUGGUAGUGGCAGCCAAAUUGUAGCCCCAGUGCCCCCUCCUGUCCGUCAGGCAGGCCCAGGGCGGCCACCAGGGCCCGGGAGGUCCAAGAACCCAGUGGGGCGACCCAGCAAGCAGCAGCUGAGACUCAGAGAGGAGGCUGCUGCCACCGCUGCUGCAGCCCUCCGUAAACGCAAAGCCCCGUCACAGGAGGGUGAGCACUCCGGCCCAGACAGGAACUCUAUCAUCCUCCAGGACCGGGGACGGCCCCCCUCCACUUCCUCUAAGACUGCCCCGCCCACCCCUCACAGCCAGACCAAUGGCACUCUCUCCCCCAGCGGCAAACCCCGCCCCCCGCCAUCCCCCUCGGAGCCCCAUUCGCCAGCGGCGGCCUGGGCGUUUAAACGGACACAUCCAACCUCUGGACACUCUUCCUCCCCACCUGACCCUCACAGCCGAGGGGUGGACUCAGGACUGCACGGGAGGGGGGCGGCGGGGUACGAGCACAGGGGGCUGGGCAAGAAACGCAAGGGGGGCAGCAGUGAACCCUCGCCCCCCUCUAAAUUGCACCGCCUUCCCUCCUCCCCUCGCUCCAAUUUCUACCCCUGGAAGGACAGUAAGGGGGGAGCGCUGCCUGAUGGGUUGAAGAAGAAAAUGGGCACACAGAAGGUGGGUUCGAGAGCAGUUGUUAUUCCUCAUUCAUCUUACUACGUAUGAUUAUUUUAGGAGUACGUUAUAUACAUAUGGUACAAAUGAUAUUGUAUGUAAUGUUGUCCUAGUUUUUGUGACUAUAAAGCAGCCAUUUGACUGUAGUCUUCCUUCUUUAUCCACAGCCAAAACUGCACCAUUAAGAGUGCCUGCCUUACAAGCCACUAUGAGGGAGACAGCCCUGCCUGCGUAGUCAGACAUCACAGGACUCAAGAGAUGUGUGUGUGUGUGUGACUGGAUAUUCAAGCCAAUGUCGAUGUGUGUGUGCAGGUGCGUAUGUCUAUUGAAGCCUAUAUGGGAAUGAGUGUACAGGUGUGUGUAUGUGAGAGAGGGUGCUUAAGACCAAUACAGUAUGAGCUAUGUGUUGUUCAGUUCCUGAGUUGGGUGUGUGUAUGUAUGCGAGUUUGCAGUUGUUGGUGAGUGUGUGCAGGACAAAGGUGAAGUGAAUUUCUAUGUAUGAAUUUAUAAAUACCUCAAGACCUUCUGGUUAUGCUGCUAAAUGAAUAUGUUGGUUUAUAAAAAUUGUUUAAAAAUAUCCUUUACACUUGAAGUUGUGGCUUUUCUUUUAUGAGGCUGGUAUAGGAAGAAGGAGGGGGUCACCAGAUAUUAUUUUUUGCAGCCUUGAUAUACCAGAUCAUAUACAACCAUGUCAGUCUGAGAAAUGAUCUCACUGUAUUGUCUAAUUACUGUUGUAUGAAGACAGUAUAGAAGUGACAGACCAGUAGCUUUGCAUCAAGGGUUGGACAGGGAGAGCUGAGGUAGCCUAUUAUGCUCAAUGGACUGCAUUCCUUCACGCCAUGUUAAUGAAAUUGGGGCCACUCCUUAAAAAAAAAAACUGUAAGAGGUGUUUUUUUUACAUGGGGUGGAUAGACAAAGGUACUGUAUUAUAAAGGCUAUUCACGUGUGUGUGAAAUUAGUGCAAUGCGCGCUCUUGAUUCCCUAUCGCCCGUUCCUGGUUGGAUAGCGGAACUCGUGCUGCUGGGGAUAGCGCCAUUAGAUGACUCCCUGAUUUGACAGCGGACUGGCUCCUCUGGCAGUGACGUCGCUGUACCCCCCCCCCCCCCCCCCCCCAAACCUCUAUAAAAUGAGGGUGUUCGAUUAAUCGUGCAGGUGUAGGCGUGUCUUGCGCAGGCUGAAAGUUGAUUGCAUUCCAUUUGGAACCGGUGCCCCGCUCUGUCAGACCGCUCAAAACAAAAGUGACAUAAUUAAGCACGUGUAUUAAUUAUUAGGAUUAUAUGUUUCCCCAUGCUAAAGUCAUUGUAUAUGUCUUCCCAAUGAAAACUAUUUUGAAAAUUCUGGACGAUGCCUUGUUGACAACAUGACCAAGCGGCGGAAAUUACUGUUCGUUUUGAGAGGUCGCUCCUCCCUCCCCGCUUUCACAGGAUUCAACCCGGGCCAGUGUAAAAUAACUCCCUCAUGUCUCAUCCACCAAGAGGUCCUAUCCAGGAAGUGGAUUCAAGAACCCACCUGAUCAAUUUGAACCAGUAGUAGUAGGCCUACAGUAUAUGUUCCAGGUGCGCUGGACGAAAAGUAUCAACUGGUCAUUAUAUGCGGGAUGUUUUGGAAUGAAACCGGCCGGUUUGGAAUUUGAUUUAGUCUACGGAGGUGCGGAACAGUAACAUGCUGCCGUUUUAUAAUCUCUGUAACAGGAGGGGAUUUACUAGCUGCAGACUAAUCCGUUGAAGAGACCGCAUAUCCAUCGUUAGGACAAUUCGUUUUGCUGUGUUGUGUUGUUCAACAUAGUUUGUGAUACAUUUAUGAAUGUGAUACAAUUUGAUACAUUGUUACGGCGCAAGAGUCCCGUCGCGGUCACAGAUAGACUGGCGCUAACGGUUCAAGACCAAUAACUGACCAGAUUAAUCUCCAACUAAUCUCCAUGUAUCUGCAACGGUGCUUAGUGAACACAGGCCAUCGGGUUGUCAUUGUACAGUCAGCCUGCAUGCUCUCCAUGUAGCCGGUCGUCGAGAAGUGCGGGGAGAUGCGCGCAGAUGUGGAGUACAGCCCGGUCGGCGAGGGACUGGGGAUGAGCGAGUUCUGGCUCUAUGUGUGGAUGCGAAGGGUCGCAGUGAUCGCUGCCCAUGUCAUAGCGGUGGGUCUCACUGUACUGAUUUCACUACUAUCCCGCCCUGGAACAAGUGAGUUGUCUUCUUGUUGACCUAUAAGCAAUUGACAAUGAUUUUGGCAAUGAGGCCCUUUAUCUACUUCCCCAGAGUCAGAUGAACUCGUGAUACUACUUUUAUGUCUCUGUAACCAGGUUUCCAGCCAACCUUUUUAUGCGAGUACAGUAGCCUACGUGUCGGAUAAAAAAAAAAAUUAACGACAGGCCUCAUAGAAACAGCAAAUUGUAAGUAAACUUUCAAAAUGUCGACAAAACAAAAUACCCUAGACAAGGUGGGAUCUUUUUGUGUCUGUAAAAUGAUUUAUGCGAGAGAGAGCGGUGGAACCGCUUUUAUGCACAAAUAUUGCUAUAAUAACCAUCAUAUUGAAGUAAACUUGGAGUCACGCGAUGACGUGUGGUCCUCCCACUAAGACUUGGAAAACAUCAGUGGCGUAUAAAUGUUGGUGGGGCAAAUUUUAUAUUUUAUUUUUAUGCAUGCAGGCAAAGCCACAACAAAACACUAAACAAUACAGUAAUUGCACUAUAGCGGUGACAAAUUGUGCCCACAAAUUGUUAGGGCCUACAUAAAGCUGUCCCAAAAGCAGGUUCUACACCUGGCUAUCAGCUGAGCCUUUUCUGGCAGCGAAACAGUUCAUUCAGCCUCAUUUACUGCCUUUAAAAAAUAUAGCUGAUAUGGCUGACUUGCUUAAACAAAUGUGGUUUCUUCUGACAAUUGAGAUGUACAAACUAUGGCAUAAGGGAACCACGAGCGGAUAAGAGGCAAACCGUAAUUUCGAUUAAGACAUUAAUGAGCGAGCUAGGACAGACGUAGUCAAUAUAACUAUUUGUUCAGCACUUUUGAAAUGUACAGUGACAGAAUUCAGAACAUGGGCCAUUCUUAUAGUGUUCUCCCUGUACACCAAGUCAAAACCGUAGGAUAAAUAAAGGGGGUAUAUAAGCAGACAAUGAAAGCUCUUACAAUAUCCAAUGAUCAUAUUUCUCUAAAACAGGCUAUAGGCUACAUGUGCACCACCAAGUCAGAACAGUAGGCUAAGUAAUGAGGGGAAAAGGGACCAAAUUAUUAGGGUGAGGCACAUGGGCUACUAACAGCUUACUACACAACAUACACUUAGUAUUACUUUCUUAACUACAGUAUACAUAUAUCCCUGGCAUAUUACAUAAUUUAUCCAACAGCAUACAAUAAAUUUUUUGACUCCCCUUGUGCUAUGCUCACUUGAACAGGAAGGUGGCAUGGUGGUCCUUCGUGGGCAAAUUUUGUAAUUAAACUUUGUCAUCAAAGUCUGGCAUUCUCUGGAUUUAUGGUGCUUUCAAGACAACGAGGUCGAAUCAUGAUGAGGUCAUUGAUCUUCAGGUCGGAGCUCGAGAAAGAGGCCCGAGUUCCCAACUUGCAAUUCCGAGUUGGAUGACCUUUCAAAACAUAUUUUCCCAGUCUGAGAUUUUUUCAGAGUUCCCAGUUGUCAUGAACUCACUGAAGUCAGAUUUCCCAGUUCUGAGUUUCCAGUUGUUUUGAGCACAGCAGAAGUCAUGCUGGAUUGACAGCAUGGCCAAUGUUAAAUGUUUAUCCCUUUAAGCUUGGAAAAUAGACCCUUAAACCCAGACCUGGGACCACACAUCCACUCCAGUGAAUAGCAGACUAGUGAUUGCUUUGCAAUGCUUGCAGUUAGCCACUGAUUCACUCAUUGUUGAAUUUGCGAUUUCCAACUUGUUGUGUAAUGUUUAUGUCCAAUGACCGAUGAGCACCGAUACGUUUGAUCUAUAAUUUCUCUUCAUUAUUUAUCGUCAUAUGACAAUUAUUGAAAAGGAUUUGCCAGUAGAUUGUCGACUUGAUUCAUUAUGAUGACUGCUAGCUUGCAAGCUAAGAUUUUGAAAGUAUGAUGUUGACAUGAUCAGUCCAAUCAAAGCUACUGUAGAUAUAACGUGAUUUGACGUCACUUUUUUUCUUCUUCUUUUUUUUAUUUUUACAUUGUUUGCAAACUGAUAUGUGACACGUAUUAAUGCCAAAAUAACAUGCGAACAGGUGGGGCUCUGAAUGACGGGUCGCCACUGGAAAACAUGCAGUUUAUUAGGCCAGGGGUUCCCAAACUGUAUUAGGCUACAGAUGAAAUAAGUUAUGAUGAACUUCACAGGGUGGUGAAAGUGCAAUGUGAUGAGCUUGAUCGAUGCUUGGUUUGCCUGCCGUUUGACAAAAACAAAUAAUCUAGCUCUAUUGUUAAUAAUAAUCUAAUCAUGUAGGCCAGUGGUUUUGUUGCCAAAAUACAAUCUGGAUUUAAAAAAAAAUCUAUAUUUGGUAGUAAAUGUACCAAUUCUAUGACAAGGGAACGACAGUCCCACCUUUUCCAUUGUCAGUAAUUCCAUUUUGCCCAUGUUCUUGAUGAAGAAUGUUAAACACUGGUUUGAGACCACAAAAUCAACCAAAUCCACUAAAAAGCGCUUCUAAUUACAAUAUAUUGAAAAUACUGUGAUUGAACUAUUUUUCUUCAGAGGUUAAAUAAAAAAAUAUGGGUUCAUUAUAGUUUCUAAACACGUUCUACCUGGUUUUAGUAAUUUAAGUUCAGACUAGAGUAUUUUUCAUAAAAAUAAAAAAUACAACUUUACUCAGACACUCGUGACCCAUUCAAACCCACCAGUUGAGAAUCGCUGAUGUAGGCUAUACCCUCACUGUAUCUGCAAGCUGUUGGCUAGAGUGCACAUGCCAGUACAAGAGUGGGCACAUUCACUGUAUAAUGUAACCUUUUUUUGUGACAAAACCAGUAGAGUUGAAAAUGCGAUGGAAACCCAUUUAACUUGUAUUUUUUAUUCGGUACAUGGGAAUUUAACUGCAAAAGUUAUUAUUAUAUGCACUACGUCAUCACCCACAGCAUUUCAUCCGCAAGUACAUUUGAUGGAAACACAUCUCUGGUGGGAAAAUGCGCAUAUUGUUUAUAUGCAGAUUUUUGAAUAUCGCAUGAAAAUCUGUCGUCAAUUGGAUGGAAACCUAGCUUCUGUCCAGUAUGAAGGAAGUUGGAGGUAGUUUCGCAAGCCAAUGCUAACUAGCGUUAGCGCAAUGACUGGAAGCGAUAACCAUAGACUUCCAGUCAUUGCGCUACCGCUAGUUAGCAUUGGCUCGCUUCAUACUGGACACAGAGACAUAACAUGGUAUCUGACUGGGGAAGUAGAUAAAGAGCCUCGUUGCCUAAAUCCCGAAGUAUCCCUUUAAGCAAAAAACCUACAGGCCUGGGGAACUAGUGGGUGCAAGGUUUUGUUCCAGACCAGCACCAAAGCACCUCAAGCAUUGAUCAAGUAUCAGUUGAUCAAUUAUCAGAUGUCUAGUGCUGGGCUAGAGCAAAACACAUCACUGAUCCCAAGGACUUGAUGACUGCAGUAGUAACCUUCAUUUGGAAUGUUUUGUAAGUGUGGACAAUCUCACAAUGUGUCUGUGUUCCAGGUCUAUUUUCCUGGCAUCCUGUGUGUAUGUCUAUCGCAGUAAGUGAUCCUGAUGACAUGAACAUGACACACACACCGACAGUAGUACCACUAUACCACAAAAUACCAUAAUAUACACUGAACAAAAAUAUAAAUGCAACAUGUAAAGUGUUGGUCCCAGAAAUGUUCCAUACGCACAAAAAGCUUAUUUCUCUUAAAUUUUGUGUACAAAUGUGUUUAAAUCCCUGUUAGUGAGCAUUUCUCCUUUGUCAAGAUAAUCCAUCCACCUGACAGGUGUGGCAUAUCAAUAAUCUGAUUAAACAGCAUGAUCAUUACACAUGUGCACCUUGUGCUGGGGACAAUAAAAUGCCACUCUAAAAUGUGCAGUUUUGUCACACAACACAAUGCUACAGAUGUCUCAAGUUGAGGGAGCGUGCAAUUGGCAUGCUGAUUGCAGGAAUGUCCACCAGAGCUGUUGCCAGAGAAUUGAAUGUUCAUUUCUCUACCAUGAGCCACCUCCAAUGUUGUUUUAGAGAAUUUGGCAGUACAUCCAACCGGCCUCACAACCAAAGACCACGUGUAUGGCGUUGUGUGUGCAAGCAGUUUGCAGAUGUCAACGUUGUGAACACAGUGCCCCAUGGUGGGGUUAUGGUAUGGGCAAGCAUAAACUACAGACAACGAGAACAGUUGCAUUUUAUUUAUGGCAAUUUGAAUGCACAAAAAUACCGUGACGAGGUCCUGAGGCCCAUUGUGAGGCCCAUUUCUUAUAAGGUAUCUGUGACCAACAGAUGCAUAUCUGUAUUCCCAGUCAUGUGAAAUCCAUAGAUUAGGGCCUAAUGCAUUUAUUUCAAUUGACUGAUUUCCUCAUAUGAACUGUAACUCAGUAAAAUCAAUGAAAUUGUUGGAUGUUGCGUUUAUAUUUUUGUUCAGUAUACUUCUAGUCUUAGGUAAGGUACUGUCACUGUGAGAGAUUAAGCUCUAGGACCAUCUUACCUCCGCUGCGACAUGUGGGCCCUGUCAUGCCCGCGGCACGCUGACAGACGAGGAGAAGCUGCAAAUAAAUUAUACAUCCACCCCUCUCUCGCUCUAUCUAUUUCCACUCGUCUUGUCUCUCUCCUCUCCCCCUGUCUCUUUAAUAAUGGAUAGAACGGUGUGGAACAGAGAUGUGACAGGCAGGUUCACCCUUAGCCCUGGGCUGAUGAUGUAACCAGGUAACUUGACCCAGAGGACUGACUGACUGGAGGAACGUUAUAGAGCCGUCUCCAAAAACAGAGCUCCGAGGUCCUUUGUUGUUGUUUAGUGGGACAAUGUUGAAUAUAGGUUGCAGAUGAGAUGCACUGUGUACUGGGCAGAACUGACCCAGCUUUCUAAGACCGCUCAGAAACAUUAUUUCCCCACCACAAGAGAUUCCUUCCUACACACCAUCUCUCUCCCCCUCUCACACUGACAACACACACACACAGAUAACAACACUGCCCAUUGUCUCUCGGUGUUAAAGCCUCUGUCUGUGGAUUAUCCUCAGACAGUGUUAACCCUCUGAUUGUCCUCUGAUGGUCUUCCACCUCUCCUCUUUCGUCUAUCAGUACCUCCUGUGCCUGACCGAGGGGAUCCUCCUCUUCUCUCCCGAGGGGACUCCGUUCUGCUUCAAGGCACGGAAGGGUAAAGUCCGUCUGCACUGGUUCAUCCAGGCCCUGGUCAUAUUGGCUGCAGCCACCGGAGUUGGCUUCAUGGUUGCCAGCAAGAAUGUGUCAGAGCGCCCCCACCUGGCCACCUGGCACAGCCUGCUGGGGGUGGGCACCCUGGCUGCCACUGUCCUCCAGGCCGCAUGCGGCAUCUGCCUCCUCUUCCCUAAGCUGCUCAAGCUGUCCCCGCCGCGGCUCAAGCUCUACCACGCCACCUGUGGCCUGGUGGUAUACCUGCUGGCGACUGUGACCGUGGUGUCGGCCAUGUUUUCUGACUGGUUCCAAGCCACGGUGAAGGGGGUGGUGUGGUAUGCUUUCCUGCUGCUGCCACUGUUCCCAGCCCUGGUGAUCAUGAACCAAAUCACUAACGCCUACCUGCCACGCAAGAAGAUCACCACCUGAGACUAAGAUGUAGACCAGGGUUGCCCAACCCUGUUCCUGGAGAGCUACCCUCCUGUAGGUUUUCACUCCAACCCCAGGUGUUACUAACCUGAUUCAUCUUAUCAACCUUCUAAUUAUUAGAAUCAGGUGUGCUAGAUUAGGGUUGGAGCAAAAACCUACAGGACGGUAGCUCUCCAGGAACAGGGUCGGGCAGUCCUGAUGUAGACUUUCACGUACAGUAGCCUAUAGAUCAGUGUCUCCCAAACCUCCCAAGAGUACCCCCAGCCAGUCCACGUAUUUGAUGUAGUCGAGAACUAG